UUUAAUAUUUAGGAAAUGAGAUAUAGUUAGUUUUUCUUAGCAGAUACCAUCCAUAAUUUAUCGUCUUCUUUUUCUUAGAUCUUGACAUCUCCUUCAUUUAAGUGUAGCCCCUUUUUCUUGGUUUUAAUCACUACUACUGCUGCUGCUGUUCCCAAAGUAAGAAACUUUUCCACAGUCCUCACUCAGAGAGACUAAAAACUUUUCCAAAUUGCCAUUUUAGGACAGAUUUCUUCCUCAAAUUGCGCACAGCCACUAUAAAGCAUAAGCUUUUCCACAGUCCUAUAAGUAUUUGUGUGUGUGUGUGUGUGUGUAGUAGUAGUAGUAGUAGUUAGCAAAACAGAAACUUGGUUUUGGUACAAGCGGUCAACUUUGAGGUUGUAUAUUUAAGGUUGUAUAUGUGUGUGUAUGAAACUAGUAAAACAGAUUUGAUAGUUUCUUCUAGCUCCAGCUACUUGAUUUUACAAAAGAAUAACGGUAAAUUUUGGGGUAAGCUAAUUGAGAAAGCGGAGAUAUAUGGAAACAAGAGAGAUCAAGUCACCAAAACGGGUGGUAGAGAUGGCAGCUACUAGUAGUACUACUACUACUACCACAACUACUACUGCUUUGGGUGGAAAUUCUGAAUCAUUGCAGCGAAAGAAGCUCGGAAUCUAUUUCAUUGAAUCCGAUGACAGGAGGACGGCUUUUGGCCGUGGUUAUACCGGAGGAACCACGCCGGUUAAUAUCCGUGGGAAACCAAUUUCUGAUCUCUCAAGGACUGGUGGUUGGAUUGCUGCCUUUUUCAUAUUUGGGAAUGAAAUGGCAGAGAGAAUGGCUUAUUUCGGGCUUUCGGUUAAUAUGGUUGUCUUCAUGUUUUACGUAAUGCAUAGACCCUUCUCCAGUGCAUCAAAUGCCGUCAACAAUUUCUUAGGAAUAUCACAAGCUUCCUCAGUCCUUGGCGGUUUUCUUGCCGAUGCAUAUCUUGGUCGAUAUUGGACCAUUGCAAUCUUCACUACAAUCUAUCUUGUGGGUUUGAUAGGAAUUACUCUAUGCGCCACGAUGGACGUCUUUUUGCCUAACCAAGACCAAUGCUCACAGAUAUCGUUGCUUUUAGGCAGUUGUGAGCCAGCAAAACCAUGGCAAAUGAUUUACCUCUACACCGUCCUCUACAUAACUGGAUUUGGAGCUGCUGGUAUUCGGCCCUGCGUUUCUUCAUUUGGGGCUGAUCAGUUUGAUGAAAGAAGCAAAGAUUACAAGUCCCACCUAGACAGGUUUUUCAACUUUUUUUAUCUUUCUGUCACGAUUGGUGCUAUCAUCGCCUUCACCGCAGUCGUCUACAUUCAAAUGAAACUUGGAUGGGGAUCAGCCUUUGGCACAUUGGCGGCAGCUAUGGGAAUAUCCAACUUGGUGUUCUUCAUUGGUACUCCUUUAUAUAGGCAUAGGUUGCCCGGAGGCAGCCCUCUCACAAGGUUUGCUCAAGUUCUGGUUGCCGCCUUUCGGAAGAGAAAGGCAUCAUUCUCUAGCAGCGAGUUGAUAGGUUUGUAUGAGGUCCCUGGCAAACAUUCUGCCAUAAAGGGUAGUGGAAAGAUUCCUCAUAGUGAUGAUUUCAGAUGUUUGGACAAAGCAGCGCUGCAGCUGAAGGAAGACGGUGUUGAUCCAAGUCCCUGGAGGCUCUGCACUGUAACUCAAGUAGAGGAAGUGAAGAUCCUUUUGAAGCUCAUUCCCAUACCAGCUUGCACAAUAAUGCUUAGUGUGCUCUUAACAGAGUACCUUACUCUCUCAGUGCAGCAGGCAUACACAAUGAACACUCACAUUGGUCGCCUCAAACUCCCUGUAACGUGCAUGCCCGUAUUUCCUGGCCUCAGCAUUUUCCUUGUCCUCUCACUCUAUUACUCCACGUUUGUUCCGUUGUCCCGGCGCAUCACAGGGCACCCUCAUGGCGCUUCCCAACUUCAGAGGAUCGGCAUUGGAUUGGCGAUUUCCAUCCUGUCAGUGGCAUGGGCAGGCGUUUUCGAAAGGUACCGAAGAAAUUAUGCAAUAAAACAUGAAUUUGAGAUGAUAUUUUUAACUCCAAUGCCAAACUUAAGUGCAUACUGGUUGCUAAUCCAGUACUGCCUGAUUGGCAUCGCCGAAGUGUUUUGCAUAGUGGGAUUGUUGGAAUUCUUGUACGAGGAAGCACCCGAUGCCAUGAAAAGUAUAGGGUCAGCUUAUGCUGCUCUCGCAGGAGGUAUGGGUUGCUUUGCGGCCAGCAUAAUCAACAGCAUUGUGAAAGCGGCAACGGGAAACCCAGAGACAGGAGAGCCCUCAUGGUUGUCCCAGAACAUCAACACUGGCAGAUUUGAUAAUCUUUACUGGCUGCUUACAGCUCUGAGUGUAGUCAAUUUCUGCAUUUUUCUAUAUUCAGCAAGUAGGUACGAGUACAGGGCAGAGAAGAGGCCUACGAUGGUAGAGCAGGUUGAAACCAAUAUCAACAAAAAGCACAAGAAUGCUACUACUCUUUCAUAACUAGGAGAUUGGAAAUUUUAGUUCGACGAGUGCCUAUUUUCUCUUGUAUGAUUCCUUUCACAAAAGUUACCGUUUAAAGUUUAAGAAAAGCAAAUUUCACAUCUUGUAAGUAAGCAAGCAUAUAGCCAAAAUGUUGACUAUUGGCUUUCACAUUCAAGACUUCACCUUGUGAGUGACACGAGCACAUAUGGCAAAAUAAUCCACUUGUAUUGUUUCAAGAUAAAAAGAUGUGUAACGGACAAACAUACAUUCCAUUGCAAAAC